CCGAACCCGUUUAACAAAUCAAGUUGAUCCAAAUUUAUUAGUUGUACUUUAUAGUGCAACAACAAUGCGGAGUCUCCAACAAACUGCUUUCACCGACGAUUUGCGGUGUUCGUCCGAUUCUUUUCAUCUUCUGCAAAUUUGAAGAAGCUUGUUCGAAAGUCUGAAGGAGAGAAAGCUAUGGCCAAUUUGGGUGCACCUGGAAAGACAGCUGGUGACAUCACAGAUGAGUUACUGACAUUCAAUGUUGAAAAUAUGCAAAACAAUGCAAAAAUUAUAUAUUACAGCCGCACAUUUAUGUCUAUUGUUGGAGGAGUAAUUGCUGGAAUUCUGGGAUUUACUGGCUUGACGGGAUUUUUAUUCUAUUUCCUUGUUAUGGCAAUCACUUCAGUAGGACUUGCUUCCAAGGCCAGUUUUUCUGUUCAUUCUUACUUUGAUGGUUGGAACAAGAUUAUAUUCGAUGGCUUUCUUGGCGGGCUUCUGUCGUUUGUGCUCUUCUGGACAUUCACGUAUGACCUUGUUCACAUUUUCUAAAGAAUCUCGAAA